AUGGGUCUCGCCGCACCUCGGAAGAAAACCAAGAUCUCUCAUGAUCCCAACAAUACGAAAUGGGCCCGGGCCACGUCCGGGUUUGGGCAUCGCAUCAUGAGUGCGCAGGGUUGGACACCUGGAAAUCGCCUUGGUGCUGAAAAUGCCGCCCACGCCGAUUUCUUGACUGCUGCCAGCACCUCACACAUCAAAGUGACCAUCAAGGAUGAUAAUCUGGGCCUCGGGGCCCGUGCCGGACGGGACCCGUUGGGUGAGCCGACUGGGCUUGAUGCUUUUAAGGGAUUGCUAGGUCGAUUGAACGGCAAAAGCGAUGUGGAACUGAAGCAGGACCAGCGGAAACGGGACGACGUGAAACUUGCUCGAUACGUCGCUAUGAAAUUCCCGGAGGUUCGAUUCGUCCGCGGUGGACUGUUGACCCAGCAAAAACUUGAAGCGCUGCCUCCCAAAGACGAAACACCAAAGGCCGAAACCGAGGAUGUUGAUUCCUCGUCCAGCGAAUCGAGCACCCCGGCCCGCAAAUCCAAGUCUAAAUCCAACUCGAAGGACAAGUCGAAGUCCAAGUCCAAGUCUUUGAAGAAAUCUCGCUCUGAAGGGGAGGAUGUGGAGAGCUCAUCUGUUUCCGAUUCCAAGAAGAAAAAGAAGUCCAAGAAGCGAAAAGUGGAUGCCGCGGAGGAUACUGGAGGUGAACAGCCGUCAGAGUCUCUGCCCGAAUCGCCAAGCAGUACCAUAGCGAAUACAGUCAAGACUUCAACGGUACGAGAACGCCUGCCUAUCGGGAGGCAGGUUUUCCGAGGGCGGCAUAUUGCUCAGAAGAAGAGAGCGCUCUUGGACGACAAGUCCCUCAACGAGAUUUUCAUGGUCAAGGCAAAGGCAUAG